AUGUCUGAGAGUUCGGUUGUUCAUGAGAACGACAAAGAUGAAGAAUAUGAAGAAGAAUACACAGUUAGAAGCGACAUACGCGCAGCAGAGGAGACACAAAUAUUUGGCCCAAUCUUCUUCACGAUCAACGUCACCGUGGCUGACGCUGAAGGUGCCGCAGCUCCAGUCAUUGAUGCCGGAACACUAGGUGAAGUGAAUCACGACGACUACUUUCAGUUGCAGCAGCAGCGGCAGCAUCUGCAGUCGCAUGAGGGCUACGCGAGCUGUGGCGGUGUUGGUCUGGCGGUUGCCUUGCUGACGACUGCGGUUGUGUAUCGGGGUAAGGACCUCCGAUUCGGCAGCACCUACUGUCUCAGACUGUUUCGAAGAAAUUUCCGAGGUAAUCUCAGCACAUCUACCACCACCGCCACCAGCAGUGCUGGAGGUGCUGGUGUCGCCACGGUUUUGUGUAUGGUCGGAGAGCAAGAAUUCGUCGCGGAAGGUCUUGGCAUCGGAGAUUAA